GAAGGAGAAAUACAACUAAAUCUGAAAAAGAAGAAUUCGAUUCUGAGAAAUCUCAGGAGUUCAGCUGAGACCGGCGGACUCUUCCAACAUUGACAAGCACUAAAAAUUUUUUAAUCAUUACUUUUAUUUUAUUUAUUUAUUUGUUUUUUGGACUUUUUUUUUCGUUCAACGGGAUAAUCAACCCUUCCAGGUGGCUUUUUUUUGCUUUGACUGCGUAUUUGAAACCGAAUAUUUGACUUUUUCAGUAAGAGGUCAACGCCCGCGUUCAUUUUCACAAAGAAACAGACACACACACACACACACACACACAGUACAGGACGAUGGGCUGUAUCUCUGAUUUCUUCACCUAUGAAACGACCAAAUCUGUGGUGGUGAAGAGCUGGACCAUCGGCAUCAUCAACAGAGUCGUGCAGCUCCUGAUCUUCACUUACUUCGUGGGGUGGGUUUUCCUGCAUGAGAAGGCCUAUCAGAACAGAGACACCGCGCUGGAGUCCUCUGUCAUGACGAAAGUGAAGGGCUUCGGCGUUUACAACGACCGCAUCAUGGACGUAGCGGACUUUGUCACGCCCACGCAGGGAGCAUCGAUUUUCUGCGUCAUCACAAAACUGAUCACAACCGAAAACCAAGUGCAGGGAUACUGCCCUGAGAGCGAGCCGAAGUACAAAUGCAGCUCUGACUCUGACUGCAGCAAGUACCUGGGAACAUCGGGAGGAAACGGUAUAAAGACUGGUCGAUGUGUCGGGUAUAAUAACACUUUCAAGACGUGUGAGAUCCGAGGCUGGUGCCCAGCGGAGAUCGACUCUGUGCCCAUAGAGCCCAUGCUAGAGGCGGAAAACUUCACCAUCUUCAUCAAAAACAGCAUUCGCUUCCCCAUGUUCAACUUCACCAAGGGUAACCUGCUCCCCAAUAUUACUCAGUCCUACAUCAAGAGCUGUAACUUUGACCCUGUCAACAACAUCUACUGUCCCAUCUUCAGACUGGGUGAUGUGGUGAGAUUCGCUGGGGAGGACUUCCACAAACUGGCCAACAAGGGAGGAGUGAUUGGUAUUAAGAUCGGCUGGAUUUGUGAUCUUGACCAGUCGGAUGAUAAUUGCAACCCCUCGUACUCCUUCACUAGACUGGACAGCGUGUCAGCAAAAACCAGCGUGUCACCUGGAUACAACUUCAGGUACGCCAAAUAUUUCAAAAUGGAGAACGGGACAGAGUACCGCACGCUGCUGAAAGCACACUCCAUUCGAUUUGACGUGCUGGUCUACGGGAAUGCUGGAAAAUUCAACAUGAUCCCGACGCUGAUCAAUAUAGUGACAGCCUUCACUUCAGUGGGAGUGGGUACCGUGCUGUGUGACCUCAUCCUCCUGAACUUCCUGAAAGGAGCCGAUCAGUACAAGGCCAAGAAGUUUGAAGAGGUGACGGAGAGCCAGAUAAAGACAGCGAUUUCCACAAGCAACGAAAUGUACAAAAGCAACCAGACCCUGUCCCUCAGAUUCGAGGAGAAGCAGUCCACAGACUCGGGGGCUUAUUCGAUAGGGCUGUAGGCUUGACGGACAGGUCGUCCAGCCAAUAAGAAGGAUUUGAAACAUGUGCUUAUAUAUCGCAUCAUACAGUUGU